AUGGAAGAAAAUCAGCUUGAAAUGUGUACAAAAGGCUUUCUCUAUGCUAGUUGUGAUGCCUUAAAGAGGGAGUUGACAGUGUGUCAUACUCAAACCAAUGAAUUGGAAAAAUUGAACCAUAGUGAAAAUGUGUUGAAAUUAGAAACAUCAAGGAAAAGUUUUUGGGAAAUUGAAACAUUGCCAGCCUUACUAAUUCUUAGUAAUGAAGAGAAAUUGUGUGAAGUGCUGUUUAACAAAACUGUGAAAAGAGAUUGUGAUGGAUCAUUCAUUGUGCAAUAUCCAUUUAAAGAACCAAGAAUUGAAUUAGGAAGUUCGUUAUCAAUUGCGAUACGACAAUUUAAACAAGUUGAAAAACGUUUGCAUCAAAAAGAACAUUAUUUAACAGAAUACAAGAAAUUUAUGAAUGAAUAUGAAUCAUUGGGACACAUGGUUGAAGUGUCACAACCAACGGCGACUAGCAAAUUUAGAUGCUAUCUGCCACAUCAUUUUGUUGUGAAAGAAUCGUCAACUACGACAAAGUUUCGUGUUGUCUUUAAUGCAUCAGCGAAGACGUCAAAUGGAGUCACGCUGAAUGAAACCAUGAUGAUUGGACCAAGUACUCAGGAUUCGUUGGCCAAUUUGAUCAUGAGAUUUCGAAAACAUAAAAUUGCUGUUACAGCAGACAUUGAAAAAAUGUAUCGACAAGUGAAGAUAUCCAAUGAGGAUCAAGAAUUGCAACAUAUUGUGUGGAGAGAAUCUCCUGAUAAACCAUUGAAACAUUAUAAAUUAUUAACCAUUACGUAUGGAACCGCUGCUGGUCCAUAUUUAGCUACUCGUGUGCUAAGCGAGGUAGCAAAAGAACCUGAUUUUCCAAUUGCAUCGAUAGUAUUACAAGAAGAUUUUUACAUGGAUGAUUUGUUAUCUGGAGCUGAUACGGAAGAAAAUGCUGUGAAACUUCAGUAUGAAAUGAUUGAACUAUUGAAACGUGGCGGAAUGUCAAUAAGAAAAUUUACUUCAAAUUCAGAAAAAGCUCUUCAAUCUAUUCCAGAAGAUUUGAGAGAAACGAAAUCGCUGUCAUUUGAUAAAGACGCGACUGUGAAAACAUUAGGAAUUUAUUGGAACCCUGCUCAAGAUUGUUUUGGAUUUAGAGCAGAUAUAUUUGGCAACAAGAAGUUAGGUUCACUAACAAAACGGGUGAUUCUUUCGGAAAUAUCGAAGUUGUUUGAUCCCAUUGAGCUCAAGUUGGUCACUCAGGAAAAAAUCAACAGACAUAUCUGUGUAGGAUUCAGUGAUGCGUCAGAACAAGCGUAUUCAGCUGUAGUGUAUUUAGUGUAUUAUGAUGAACAAGGAAAUGGAUUAUCGUAUCUGGUAUCCUCAAAAACUAGAGUAGCGCCUGUGAAGCAACAAUCCUUACCAAGGUUAGAACUUUUUGGCGCACUACUUCUAGCAGAAUUUAUGCCGUUAGUUGCAAAAGCUUUGAAGAUGAAGUUUACUGAUAUGGUGGCCUAUACAGAUUCAACACUAACUCUUGGUUGGAUUAGGUCUGAACCUUAUAAGUAUCACACUUUUGUAGCAAACAGAAUUACCAAAAUUCAAGAACUGAUUCCAGAAGAUAAAUGGGGAUUCGUUCGUGGAAUUGAUAACCCAGCUGAUUGUGCAUCGCGUGGAAUAAGUGUCCAAGAAUUUAUUAACCAUCCAUUAUGGUGGAACGGACCGUCUUGGUUAAAUGAGAAACCACCGGUACCAAAUUUAACAAGUGAAAUCGUAAAUAAACCUGAACCAAGUGAAGAAAGACGUGAUACUUUAGUGUGUCAUUUAACAAAUGUUAGAAUACCAAUAGACUUGAUUCUAAGGUGCUCAACUCUAACCAGAUUGCAACGAAUCACAGCAAGAUUGUUAAGAUUUAUACAUAAUGCAAGAGCAGCAGUCCAAAAGAAACGUGGAUUUGCAGCUGAAUCAAUUAGUAACCCAUGGCUGUCAACAGUGGAACUUGAUGUCUCUCUUAGGCAUUGGAUUUCAAUCGCUCAAGAGGAAGAGUUCGCUUCAGAUCUGUUGCAGCUUAGAACCAAAGGAAAAUUACCCAAUAAAAGCAGUUUAUUAUCAUUAAACCCAUUCCUCGACAAAGACAACAUUUUGCGAGUGGGGGGAAGGCUUCGUCAUGCAAGCAUUCCUGUGCAUCAGAAACAUCCAAUUCUGCUGCCACCGCAUCAUAGGAUAAUAAUUAUGAAAAAUUGA